GAGUUGCUCGAACACUUCAUAUCCACUUUUAGAUGGUGUUCUUUCAGAUUAUUGCUACUUCUUUUGAUGCCCCAGACAUUCUUUCUAUAAUCUUGGUGCUUAUGUUUUCGCUGUCCCUUUCAGGGACAUUUAUCCAAAGAUUGCAAAGCGAACAGAGCCCAUGACGACAACAUCCAUUCAGCUGAGGCACAAGAUGAUCCUUCUGGCACUCUUUCAGACCAGUCUAGUGAUGAUACAUCUGAAGAUGAUUGGACUAUAGGUUGUGAGACCCGAGGCACUAAACAGGACCGAAAACGCAACAAUUAUUGGUCAACACGUGAGGUUCUAAAGUUGGUGGAGGGUGUUUCCGAGUAUGGCGUUGGCAGAUGGAGUGACAUAAAGAAAAUGUUUUUCCCAUCCUCAAUGCGUCGUAGUCCAGCUGAUCUGAAGGACAAAUGGCGGAAUCUUUUGAGGGCUAGCUGUCGAAGAUUGCAGAGCCGGAGAGGGGUUGAUGCAAAGAAGAAGCACCGCAUGCGCUCGAUUCCUCAGAGUGUGUUGAACCGCGUUCGAGAGCUUGCUGUCAUCUAUCCACAUUCGAAGCAACGUAGAUCAAGAAUCUCAUCAACUGCAUCCCGCGCCUCUUCUUCGAACGUGUAGUCCGAUAACCAUUUACCAGUGCUUGCCUAUGAAUGAGCAGAUUACGUUGAAUCUCAUAUAUUAGAUACUAAGGUACUUAGAAGGAUCAUAUAAAUUUGACAACAAAAUUCUUGUAGUAACCGGUAAAGUUGCCGCUAUGUGACCAGGAGUUCACGGGUUCAAGUCUUGUAAACAGCCUCUGGCGGAAAUGCAAAGUAAGGCUGCGUACAAUACACCCUUGUGGCGGGGCCCUUUCCCACGCAUAGCGGGAGCUUUAGUGCACCAGAUUGCCAUUUUAGUAUAUAUUUUUGCAAGAAGUAACUAAUUCUUAACUUGUACAAGCUCAAACUAGAGAAACAAUUACUUCUAUGUCAAAAUCUUUUUGACAUGAAAAAAUUACCUUGCUGGUAACAAUAUAUGCAAAGCUGAAGAAAAUGAUUUCCCUUGU